CUUGGCCGGAAGUGUUGCCUGAAACACCGAUCCCAGGGAAAAUAAUAAUCACUUCCUCCUCUAAGGCCAACUGUGUCCGGUAACACAACAAACAGCUGACUGCUGCUUACACGGAUUACUGCUGGUUUGCUUCCAUUCUUUCCCGGAUGACCAGUCCCCCGGGUUCCCCCUGAGCCACAGACUGCCCUCUCGACUGACACCUCCACCUCCACCUCCUCCACCAUGACCGCUGCUGUGAGAGGCCCCACCGGUGUGCCUAUCCGAGGAGCUGGCGAUGGCAUGGAAACUGAAAAACCGCCCACCGCCAUUCUGGAGGUAAACACCGAUACACCGCCGCCGCCGGGUCCGCCCGCGGUUUCCCUCCUGAAGGUGGCGAGCCCUAAACGCAGCCCCAAAUCCACCCAGCCCGCUCCUCCUGCGGCUCCCCAGCCCCUCGGGGUGCUCUACCUGGGCAAGGUGAGUCGAGAGGCCUGCACGGAGGUGGAGGCUGUGAGGAUCCUCAUCCCCCGCUCUGCUAUCAGCCGGCACACCCGUACAGGACCCGCUGAGGGCAAAGGGGAGGCCGGGCAGCAGGGCCAGGGCUCUCCCCCGCUGCCUCUGGUGGAGGACUGGAGAGGACAGAUGGAGAAGCUGCAGAACUCUGAACGCCGGCUGCUGCAGGACAAGGAAGGCCUUUCCAAUCAGCUCCGUGUGCAGACCGAGGUAAACCGUGAGCUAAAGAAACUGCUGGUGGCGUCGGUGGGUGACGACCUUCAGUACCACUUUGAGCGUCUGUCGCGGGAGAAGAACCAUCUGAUUCUGGAGAAUGAGGCCCUCGGCCGGAGUCUGGCCCACACGGCCGAGCAGCUGGAGCGGAUGAGCAUCCAGUGUGACGUGUGGAGGAGCAAGUUCCUGGCCAGCAGGGUCAUGGCCGAGGAGUUGACGAGUGCCAGAGCGGCUCUGCAGAGGCAAACCAGAGAGGCACAAGGCGCCAUUCAAGACCUGCUGUCGGAGAGAGAAGAGUUCUCCAGCGACAUGGUGCUCACUCACAGGUCUCUGGAGCAGCUCCUCGUCUCCCUGCAGUGGGGCAGACAGCAGACGUACUACCCCAGUGCACAGCCCCUUAGCACAGGAGAGCUGGCAGCAGCCAAUCACAAGCUGGCAGUCGCCAUCAACUCCCAUCUGUUGGGAAACACCAGCAGCAGCAUCAGCGUGGUUAAGAGCAGCACCGUCACGGCUGAGCUGCUCUGCAGCACUCCGGCUGAGAAGAUGGCUGAAAAGGUGCUGAAGAUUUUGGAUCCAAUUUCCUGUUCGGAAAACCAAGAAGACCCUCCGCUCACUGACUCCUCCCCCUCGAGCUUUCUGAGCAGCAAGAAGAGCAUCGGCAGGUUCCACCCAUACACCCGCUACGAGAACAUUACUUUUAACUGCUGCGAGCGCUGCUCGGGGGACAUCCUGGUGCUGUAGGGGCCCAACGAGUGAUAUCAGGAGAUAACUGCUGCUGUGUGUUAAGGGACGUCAUCCCUCAGCAACGAAAGGUCGCUGCUCCAGCAGACGCCAUUCGUAGUAAGAGGCCUUUGCUACACACUGACUGUUGCGUUUCCACAGUUUCUGAUGUUUUAAAAUUGUAUUUUAAUUAGGAGGAAAAAAAGCUGAUAAAUGGAUUGGAGGAAUAAUGCUGAAUUACAGCCUGGUUUAAAUAAUGUAAAGGGCUAUUUAUUGUUGAGAUGUGAGGUCAGUGUUACAUGAUGAACAGACGGUGAGGCCUUUCUGCUUAUUUAUACCUGAACAUUAGACUAGUGUUUCAUUUCAAUUAUAUGAGUAAUGUGCUGUCAGAGCGAAUAGGCUGUAAUCAGACGCGCGAGGAAGUUCACAAAGGGGCUAACGUGCUAAUUGAACUGUCACGAUGCCGCUCACACCGCAAGGGCCCAGAUGUCUCAGUGUGAAGGUGCUGUCAUAUUUCAAAAAUAGUGUAUCGAUAUUUUGUAUUACGCUUGUAAAAGUGGUGUCGUAUACAUUCAAUGUCUUGGAGGGGUUUGAUGGUACUACCACAUGUAUUAUACACAAAGAGAAGCAUUCAAUGCAGAGUUUAACUUUUCUGGUGUUACAAAAGAUUGGUGCAUUUUUCUAAAAUAAAAAUUCCAUAAAAUGUCAUAUUUUAAAUAUUUUUUAUUGAAUCAUGUCAUUUAUUUUGGGUGAUUCUAUUUAAAAUGCUGUUCAAAACCAAGCUGUAUCGAUGGUUUGGUAUAUUUGGUCUGUGGAAUUGAUGGUGACUGGUUUACUCUAAAGGCACACCAGAAAAUUAUUUAUACAUUUUGUUUUCCAUGUUGGACCAAAAAUAAAGACCAAAGUAGCUACCA